CACAUGACGAGAAUGCAUAAAGUGCAGAGAAGGCAGCAGUCGACUCAGCACACACAGGUGGAGAAUGGGAAUGGGUCAUGACCAGGAGGAGUUUGCACUGAGUGGACUUGUACGACCUGCAUUGUUUUAGAGUCCUGCGCUCUGGAUUAUGCUCUUCAUCCUGUUCUGUGGCUGACACCGCUUCCACUGAGCUUGCACAUUUCAUAUCGUUUUGCUUUCUCUGAUGGUCAUUGCAUUCUUUAUUGAAUGCAAACAUCGUCAUGUUUAUCAGGACAACUUUUCUCCUCUACUUUGCGCUCUCGUUCUCAAAACGUGUUCGGUGCAUGGAAAGUGAACUUUGCUUCCCUAUUAGAUUGGAUAACCAAAACCAUGACAGGAAGGAUUUUGACAAUGACGUGGAUAUCCUGAAUGGAAAACAUGUGUUAAAAAUACGAGCUUUCCGGCAGGAAUUAGUGAUCGAUUUGCAUCAGGACUCUAACUUUAUUGCCCCUUCCAUUUCUAACCAAGACGCGUUCUGGCUCUCCAACAGCGAUGUCACCACUGACCUGAGCCGGUGUUUUUACUCCGGAUACGUGAAUGACGACCCGCAUUCUUACGCUGCUGUAAGCCUUUGUAAGGGUUUACAAGGUGCAUUUGGCUUCCAUGGCUGGGAAUAUUUUAUCAGCCCGGUGCAAAAUGACACCACAAGCGCAGAAGGUGCGCACAUCAUCCGGCGCAGAGCCAGCAACAACCUGAAGCUCAACUCGACCUCCAGGUGCGCAGUGGACAGUGACAUAAGUCUCCAAGUGGCACAAUCGCUGGAGAAAUACAAGCGACUAAAAGAUGACAGCAAUUCGACCGAAACGUUGCUGAAGAGGAUGGGGCGAGCCAAACGUUUCGCCUCCAUCCCCAGGUACGUGGAGACGCUCGUGGUGGCCGACGAGUCCAUGGCUCAGUUCCACGGAGAUGACCUAAAACACUACAUCCUGACACUUAUGGCAGUGGCAGCGAGGCUCUACAGGCACCCCAGUAUUCUCAACUCCAUCAGCAUCGUAGUAGUGAAAAUCGUGAUUAUAUCCGAGGAGGACAAAGGACCCAAGGUGUCCGGGAACGCAGCCAUGACGCUGCGAAACUUUUGCACUUGGCAAAAAAAGAUGAACAAAAACAACGACAAGCAUUCAGACUACUGGGACACAGCCAUCCUUUUCACUAGACAGGAUCUGUGUGGCGCCUCCACCUGUGACACUCUCGGUAUGGCGGAUGUCGGCACCAUGUGCGAUCCAAAGAGGAGCUGCUCUGUGAUCGAAGACGACGGCCUACCUUCAGCCUUCACCACGGCUCAUGAGCUCGGACAUGUGUUCAACAUGCCACACGACAAUGUGAAGGCCUGUGAAGACGUGUUUGGGAAACUACAAGACAACCACAUGAUGUCCCCCACUCUCAUUCAGAUCAACCGCACCAGCCCCUGGUCCCCUUGCAGUGCUGCCAUCAUCACUGAAUUCCUGGACAGCGGACACGGUGAAUGUUUGCUCGACCAGCCUCAGAAACCGUUGGUCUUCCCCGUCAUACUGCCGGGAACAUCCUACGUCCUGGAUCGUCAGUGUGAGCUUGCGUUCGGAGAAAACUCCAAGCCGUGUCCCUUUAUGCAACCGCCAUGUGGCCGUCUGUGGUGCACCGGAAAAUCCAAUGGCCAUUUGGUGUGUAUGACCCGGCACUUCCCCUGGGCAGAUGGCACCAGCUGUGGGGAAAAUAAGGUCUGCGACAGAGGGGUCUGCUCCGACAAACACGUUUAUAAUGUGAAGGUGGAUGGCCGCUGGGGUAGGUGGGGCCCGUUUGGAUCCUGCUCACGCACAUGUGGAGGGGGCGUCCAGCUGUCUAAAAGAGAGUGCAACAGCCCAGUACCAUCAAAUGGGGGUAAAUACUGCCAAGGGGUUCGGGUCAAAUACCGUUCCUGCAACCUGAACCGCUGCCCUGAUACAGGACACACGUUCCGCGAGGAGCAGUGUGCGACCAUGGGCCGUUCCUUCAUCAGUAACCGCAUCGACCCCGCUUCAAUGUGGCUGCCCAAAUACUCUGGAGUGUCCACCGACGACAGGUGUAAACUCAUCUGCAGGACGAACGGCAGCGGCUACUUCUAUGUCCUGGCACCCAAGGUUGUGGACGGGACUCCAUGCUCCCCAGAUUCCACUGGAGUGUGUGUCCAAGGAAAGUGCAUCAAGGCGGGCUGCGAUGGAACAAUUGGCUCCAACAAGAAGUUUGAUAAGUGUGGAAUCUGCGGCGGUGAUAGCAAGGGCUGCAAGAAGGUGUCGGGACUCUUCACAAAGCCUCAGCAUGGCUACAACUUUGUGGUCAUAUUACCAGUGGGUGCAGCCAACAUAGACAUCCGUCAGCGAGGCUACAAGGGAAUGAGGAGUGAUGACAACUAUCUGGCGCUUAAGAACAGCGAGGGCCACUACCUGCUCAAUGGGAAGUACGUAGUGUCAGCUGGAGAGAGGGACCUCAUCGUGAAGGGAAGCCUGAUGCGCUACAGUGGAACAGCCGGCCUCUCAGAGACCCUGACGGCCGUGAAGCCUUUGGGGGAAUCCCUGACUGCGGAGGUGCUGUGUGUCGGCCAGAUGACGCCGCCUCGAAUCCGCUACUCCUUCUACCUCGCCCGGCAGAUCAAGGAGGACAAAGCUCUCAAGAAGGACGGACGUGUUAGCUCCCAUAACAGCGUCCUGGCUGAGGAUAGUGUCAAGGAGAAAAGGGGAGACACCCUGAAGAAGUCUUAUAACAAAGAGGAUCCCGCUCUUGGGAAGUGGAUAUCCUCGGGCUGGGAUCAGUGCUCAGUGACCUGCGGUAAUGGGAUGCAGAGGAGGAUGGUGCAGUGUCUCAGACUGGACGGGAAGCCAGGGCUGGACUGUGACCCUUCACAAAGACCCCCAGCCACUAGGGUUUGUGGAGACCCCUGUCCUGAAUGGCAUAUUGGCCUGUGGUCACCUUGCUCCAGAACCUGUGGGAAGGGCUUCAAGAGAAGGCCGUUGCACUGCACAACCCAAAAUGGACAUCUGCUCGAAAGAGACCACUGCAUUGGCAUACGCAAGCCACAGGAGCUGGACUUCUGUAACCUAAGGCCUUGCUAGUGACUUGAAAAAGUAUAAACUACAAAUCUUUGUUCUUUUUUAAAUUGACUGAAUUGAAUCCACCUGCAAUAUAACACAUGCUGUGUCUGUCGGGUGCAGAUUGUUCCACCUGCAUCAUGGGACACUUGCUUGGAAGAACCAAAAGAAUAUUGGAAGGAGAGUGAAAUCCGCAGGAUAAUUGCUGGAAGAUUUUUUUCACUGCCAUCACUCUGACUUUUUAAAGACACGAUCCAGGUCUGACUCUGAUUUUGGCAAGAUAACAUGAUAGAGGGUCAAAUGAAAUGUAGUUGAAUCCUGUGUACUGUCAGCAAAUACAGAAUGCACAUUUGCAAGCAAUCAAUCAAGGGUCUGGAACCCAUUUUAUGUCACAAUGUUUUAACUGUUCAGGUUUCAAAGUUUUACUUGAGUCUUGCAAAUAGAUGAUUGAACCCUUCUGGUUGUCCAGAAAAUGACUCCCUUUUCCCAAAGAAAAUCUAUCAGUAUUGACGUGGAAAACUUUUUAACUUCAUAACUAAAAUAUAAUACCUACACUUUUUCAUACAAAGAAGGACAGUCAAUUUGGUUAUUUAAUAGUAUGGGCGCUCUUAUUGGCAUUUUCUUCCAGGGAAUCUUUUGAAAUGCCAGAAUUGAUUCAGAAAUAAAAUGUAUCACCUCAUUUAUAUGGUUGCACAUAAGCAGCCGUAACUUUUAUGCUGGUGCUGCAUUGCUUCUACAAUGCAAUUAUAUAUUUUUAAAGAGGCCCUAUUAUGCUUUUUGAGGUUUUCCUUUC